UUGAUGGGCGCUGUCCCAGUUGAGGAUGGCCCCAUAUAUCCCAAGGGUCUUCAGUUGAUUUGCAUCACAGCCUCAUUGAUCAUGUGUGUUUUUCUCUUGGGCCUGGAUGCAACCAUUAUCACAACUGCAAUUCCUAAAAUCUCAGAUGACUUCGGAUCGGUCGCCGACAUUGGCUGGUAUGGCUCGGCCUUCCGCCUUGCUUCGUGCAUGUCACAGCUCAUUCAAGGACGGCUGUUUGACCAUUUCUCGGUCAAAUGGGCUUUCCUGGUUCAUCUCAUUUUCUUCGAAGCUGGAGCCCUCUUGUCCGGGGCGGCUCCCUCAUCAGCCGCCUUCAUCGCCGGCCGGGCUGUCAGCGGAUUUGGUUUCUCAGGCAUCAGCCAAGGUUGCAUGGUCAUUAUUGCCCUCACCCGCCCAUUGGCACAGCGCCCCAUCUAUGUUGGCGGGAUAGGUGCCAGCGAGUUUUUUGCGACCGCCGUUGCACCCGUGAUAGGAGGUGCCAUAACCUCAUCACUGUCAUGGCGAUGGUGUUUCUACAUCAAUGUUAUUCUAGCUGUAGCUCCGGCGGCGGUUAUUCUCUUGGUGCUUCGGCUGCCCGAGGGGGGCAGAUCAAACGAAUCAAACGCUAAUAGGCUGCAGAAGAUCAAGGAGUUGGAUUUCCUUGGAAUGACCCUUUUUGCGGCGGCCAUUGUCUGUCUUCUGCUUCCGCUCCAAUGGGGAGGCGACAAAUAUCGAUGGAGCAAUGAACGUGUCAUUGUCCUCCUAACAUUAUCGCCGGUCUUCUUCCUGACUUUCAUUCUAAUCCAGAUCAAAAGGAAGGAUCAUGCCAUGCUCCCACUGAGGAUCGUGAGGCAGCGGUCAAUCUUUUUUGGGGCCCUAUAUAGCUUGGCUCUUCAGGCUGUAAAUGGCGUCAGCUCGUACUACCUUCCCAUGUGGUUCCAAGUAGUUAAAGGGGCGAGCCCUGUUCAGUCAGGUAUUAUGAUCUUGCCAAAUGUGGUCGCUGUUCUCCUUUCAAGUAUUCUUUCUGGAUUUGUAAUCUCAUAUUUUGGGAACUACGUCGUAAUCAUGAUACCGGCCAGCGUCACGGUGCUUGCUGGUGCCAUCAUGAUGGUGUUUUUUGACGAGCAAACCAGAUCAAGCUUCUGGAUCCCUACCCUUGCUCUUCUUGGAUUCGGGGUCGGAGCAGCGAUAUCUGGCCCGUUUAUUGCUGUACAGACCGUCUUGAGCCAAGCUGAUACAUCCAUCGGACUGGCUCUGAUGACGUUUUCCCAAGAAUUUGGAGUGGCUCUGUCGUUGGGGGUUGCACAAUGUCUCUUUCUCAGUCAACUUCGUCGAAGCGCCGCCAGGUUGACUCCCAACGUUAAUCCGGAGGCUAUUAUCAAUGCCGGUGCCACGAGUCUGGAAAAGUCGGGUUUGGCCAAAUACGCGUCAGUGAUUGCCAAGGAAUAUGAUGAAGCUCUGAAAUCGACAUUUUAUCUUGCUGUGUCCGUGGCUGCUUGUGUACUUCUGACAAGCAUCUUUAUUGAAAGACGAUCGAUCAAGUCUUCUGCUGCUGGAUAGAUUAUUCUCUUUCUCGACAGCAAAUUAUAAAGGAAACAGACUCUCUGUACAGCUUAAUACGCUGUCAAGGCCAAGUAAAGACAGGUAUAGCAUAGGCUCGCCACGAAAGUAUGAGCGCAAAAUGCACACAAAUUAUAAGGAAGCCUAGUGUGUCCGUAAUUUUUUCAUCUCUACUUCUGAGAUCAAUUCAUUUUUCGAGUUUCGGG